CAGAAACUCGGAGGAGUUCCCCCAGAAAACACGUGCGCACAUUUUCAGCGCGUUGAUGAAUUAAAAAAUUCACCAGAAUUAACAAUCUCUCAGAGGGAGUGAAAUUACUGCAGAUAAUAUAAUACGCGAACAUAAUUGAUUGAUUGAAGAGUAAAAAGAAAAUUUUUUUUAUUUUUCAUUUUUCAUUCAAUAAAUUGGAAAUAAGCGUGGAGUGGAGAAUGGACAUAGUGGGAUUUUUAAAUAACUACGUGGAGAGCAAUAGCAGUGCAUUAUCGAGUAAAAGUGUGAAGAGAAGCAUCAGUAUCAUCAGCAGUAAAUCGGUACGUCGAGCUUCGGCGUCACGACGCUCGGUGCGCCCGCAUCGUCGCAGAGACUAGCAAAAUCACAUUCCGCAACCUCAUCUUCAUCUUGUAAAAAACGUUUGGUUUGUGGUGGUUUUGGUAUUGGGGGGAAGGGAAGAGCCCGAGUGAUCUCCCUGUGGGGCUCGAGAGAGAGAAGAGAAACUAGCCAAUAAGCACACACACGUCUCGUGUGUCUGCCUCGAGGCACCGCCGCGCGAAAUCGCCGAGACGUACAGAAAAAUUUUUCACCGUUUUUUGUGAUAAAAUCGAGAUUUUAGUUGAAUUCGCGAGUGUGUGAUUCAUCCUCGAGGGACUGUUUUGUUCCUUUUUUUUUGGGGGGGGUUUUUUGCGGACGGUGGAGUGAACUGGUGUGAGGGGAGACAAGUGAUAAUUUGGGAGGAAGCUGAGGUGCCUAUUGUUUUAGAGUAGAUAUGGAAUUUUUUGGAGUAAGGAGUGUCGACCUCGUGGUUGUGGGGUCCCUCGUGCUUGGCGCGCUUGUCAUACUCGUGGGAUUCAUCAUCGGACGACGCACCGGGUCUGCAAGGACUACACAUGUGUCCGAAGAUACCAAGGUCCACGUAGAGUCGGAAAAUUCUGAGCCAUUAACAUCUACAUCUGGUAAUAGUCAAGCCAUUUCCACUGGUGGUGGUAAAAGAGCUAAAAAUAAAAAACGUCGUGAGGCACAACAGGAGUUCACGCACUCGUGGAUGGUGGGCGCACUCAAGGGUCACACUGGGCCUGUCCUCGACAUGAAUUUCUCCAGUGACGGCAAGUUCCUCGCAAGCUGUGCCGAAGAUUGCGGUUUGGUGCCAGAAGACCUGGAGGAGGGAGCAGCCUCGUCAGCACACCCCAAGCCCUCAGAAAUGUCGACACCAUCGAGUACAGCCUCAUCACCAAGCAUGGACCAACCGGCCCCAAAAGAGCGUGACCGUGCUAUUCUCAGCCGCCGCCAGCGAAAGAAUCGCACACGAGCAACACGAGAGCAGCGUCGUGACCGUGAAGAUGACCCGGAGGAUGAUAGCAACGUAACUCCACCCCCGCGUCAUCGUCAUCAUCACAGGCUGCAGCAGCACGAGCGCAGGUACUUAACAGAAUCCCCAACGGGAUCGUUAGACUCAGUUGCAUCAAACAGUCCUAAAAACUCACGCAAACAGGCCCAAAUUGCCAACAAGAAUCGAAAUACGAGUGAAAGUGCGGGAAAGAGCGAAUCGAAGAGCAUCAACCAGAGCUCUAAAACGUCAGGUGUCAACGGCAAAAAAUCACACAAUGCAACAGCUGAACGCAGCCAACAGAGGGCUCAGCUUAAUCACUUGAGUGACACCGAGUUGGAAACACUUUUGAGAACAUACACUCUAGGUGGAAUGCAGCUUGCGCAUCUCGGUUAUCCCGUGGAGUGCAGUUACUAUCCGGGUAUUGUAGUGAUACUGAAUCAUCAUCCGUUGGGUCAUCGUCUUUACAACUGCAGUCAGCAGCAGCAGCAGCAACAACAGCAACAGCAGCAGCAGCAGCAUCUCCUAGACGUUAAUGCCCAGGAAUUUGUUCCCAGCACAAAUUCAAAUUCCUACAGUGCCGAGUUGGAGGUGGACAGUGGUAAUGGUAGUGGAUCGUCAGUCGAGAACUCAGACUUGGAGCCUGAGAGUCUCUCAGACAGUGACAAAAAUUCCGACAUUGUUGAAUCAUCAUCGUCAUCUUCUUCGUCUUCAGACUACUCUGAAAACACGAGAAGGGACUGGAGAUUCAUACAUGAAUUAUGGGGGCCACCAGAGCCCUCAGCACCGCAAGUUGUUGUGCGGCCCUGUGUUAGAUGCUCCAAGGGUUUUUACAUGAAUCGCUCAACUGGCCACUACAUCACCGAAGAGCGAUGUAUCUAUCACUGGGGAAAGUUGAGAAAUACCAGCAUUGGGUAUGAAUGGGAGUGCUGCAAUGGACAUGAACACGCACGUGGAUGUACAACGGCCAAAGUGCACGUGUGGUCUGGUCUUGUUCGUGGUUGCAAUGGACCCUUUAUCGAUUACGCUCGUACCCAACCUUCUCAUGUUAUACCACCUGACGGUAAUUAUGGUGUUUAUGCACUAGACUGUGAAAUGUGUUUCACAAGACGUGGUCUCGAAUUGGCUAAGGUCACUGUCGUGGGAAUGAAUGGUGAUAUUAUUUAUGAUACAUUAGUGAAGCCUGAUGUCGAUGUACUUGAUUACAACACGAGAUUCAGUGGUAUUACAGCUAAAGCAUUGUCACGUGCAAAAAAAACGUUGAGUGAUGUUCAGAAAGAUCUCAUGAGUUUUAUUCAUGCUGAAACUAUACUCAUUGGUCAUGGCUUGGAGAAUGAUCUUCGAGCACUGAAGCUAGUUCACACAACAGUCAUCGAUACGUGUGUGGCGUUUCCCCAUUAUCUUGGGUAUCCUUACAGAAGUAGUCUUAAGACACUUGCCAAGAGACUUCUUCAACGUGAAAUUCAAGUAUCUAAACAUGACUCGGUGGAGGAUGCUAGAAGUGCGGUUGAUCUUAUGCUCAGGAGAAUUGAACUCGAUCUUGCUAGAGCCCGUCACUUACAGGAAAUUUAGUGAUCAGUGUUCAGUUCCAAGUGAAAUCUGUGAUAUGUAUGUAUACAUCGCCAUCAUCCCCAUUCCCUCAACUUCACUCACUCGAAACAAAAACUGCCUGACUUUGGAGUAUAUCUCUAAUAAUCAUUUUUUUAUCAUUACCCCAUUAUCCCUCCUAUACAUAUCUGUCUCUUGAGCGUCAAUGCGAGUGUUUAUUUUGAAUCAAAACGUGGGUGACACGUGAUACAUAUCGACGCUUAUGUGGAUUUGACACGUAUUAUUUUCCAUGUACUUACGUGGUGUGCUCGUCUUUAGGAAAAAUGUAAACAAGGAAAUGUGCUUAUUCUCAUCAUCGCACGUGCAAGAAUGACAGAUAGGUUUUUAUCAUAUCAUCUUCGUUCAGUAACUUGUAAAUAUGGCAUCGUAUUUAUUCAAAUGUAUCCAACGAAGGCACGCGGUAUCGAUGUAUACAAAUUUCAUUGAUAAAACGUUUUUGUGAGUAGCUUUUUUUAAUUUUGUUUCUUUUUAAAUGGAGUACACUUUCACCCUCUAAUUGUGAGGACGGAAUUAUUCAUUGGAAAAAAGAGGACUGCGCUCAUGUGCAAUGAACCGCAUAACCGUUACGCUUUUUUCUCCAGUUAAAUGUGAAUAAUCAAGGGUCGGUCCUGCCCUCGUGUCUCGAGUUUAGCUUUUUAAUAAAUGCAAGCCCAUUGUGAAUCUCAUUUCGGUAUUGUUGGGGACUUUUGAGAGGUUGAAUAGGGAGUUAGAAGAGGCGAAAGCUCAAAGUCUAUUAUACUCAUAUUUUUGAAAAGGAAAUAUUUAUCAUAUUUUUGGUCUGAGACGUCAAGAGUUAUAUCUAGAGUUGCUAUUCCAUUGAGAAAAUUUUUUUAUACUCUAUGAGGGAAUUAGAAUAUUCUCGAGCAUAUCACGAGACCCUGUCAGUCUCGAUCACGACAGUUCAAUUUCAGUGAGAUUGAUUGUGUGGAAUAUUUCGGGUGACAUUAUUCGAGCACGACAGAACACUCGAUCCACGAAUACUCGAGUGGGUGUGUCAAUUAUUUUUGUCUGAUAAAGCUCAGGUGGAUAUUCCGUUGAAUCAAUAAAUCCGAAUGAUACAAAUAGAGUAUUAACGUUGUUAUUUGCUGUCUGAGUGCUGAGUUCUCAGCAAACAAUAUUGAAAUUUUGAUCAGUGAAAAAUAAAACGAAAGAGAGAAGGGAAAAUUCAUUGAAAUGGGAUGUGUUUCUGUCGGUAUGUUGAUUAUCGAUAUUUUUGUAAAUGUACAUUUACAUGCUAGAGUCAAUUUUUCACGACUAAAAUAAAGGAUUAACGAUCCUUAAAUUUAUCAUUCAAUUGCGUGAAGUUUUCCCCUUCAUUAUGUCAUUAUUUUAUACCGUUAACAUUAAGAGUUAAUAAUAAUGGGUGAUCUUUGAACUUUCCAAUGAUUUCAAAUGACUAGUCGAAUGAACUUUGAACUAAAAGUAAUACUACGGGCAGACAUUUCAUAAAUACUAAGUGAUGCAUUAAAAAUUGCAAAAUAAAUUGAACUCUUAUACCUCAUACGCUGCGGCAAUUUGUACAUUUACGUUUCUUUUUUUUUUCAAACAGGAAGAGUUAUGGGAAAAUGAUAGUACUGUUGAAUUUUUAAAUUGAUGUUCUCUCACGUUUGUGGUGGUUUGCUUCACAGUGAUUUGCCGAAUGAUAAAGGUUUAUGAUUUACUAUUGUAAGGUAAGAUAAGAUAUGAUGUACUUUGGAGGCUGUUGAGUUAUGAAUGAAUCUGCGGACUUUGAUUUUACGAUUUAUCCUUGUGUUUAGGGGAGAUAAAUAAGGUUUUUUAAUACGUAAUGAGUGGCUGAUUGUCGCCUUCCUACCCACAGGAACUUUCUCUUCACUCCCACCUCUCAUUCUUUCUUUCGUUUUAAAAGUUGAACGGCUAAAGUAAACUGCUGAGAGCUGCGAGUGUCGCUUCCGUUCGUGAGAUAAAUUGAAAUAAAAAUGGAAAAAAUUCACGAUGAUGAGAAAUUAAAGAUUGAAGAUAUUAAUAGUGUAUUUUUGAUGAUGAAAAAUUGUGCGAAUAUUGAGCGUUUAAUAUUCAAGAGAUACUGCGUUUUAUCUGCAGUGUGUAUAUGUCGUUACCGUGUGCGAUAUACAUAAGAAACAAAUUUAGAUUUAAGGUUUAAAUAUAAGUGAUGUUUGUACGAACGUGCGCAAGACUUGUGAAUGUUUAAUUUUAUCAAAAAUAUUUGAUGUAAGAUUUCUUUUUUUUUCAACGUGGUUCUUGUAGAUCAUACAAGUUUACUCCACGUUUAUCAAUUAAUACAUU